ACAACAACAACGAAAAAAAUGAUACAAAAAUUUAAAUUCUUAUCCAAACGUUUGAAUUCGUUUGAACAAAAUGAUGAUGAUGAUGAUAAUACUGAUCAUCAUCAUAAUCAUCAUAAUCAUCAUCAUCAUCAUACAUCGGAUAAUAAUAAAUUAAUUAGCCGUAAUGCUGUUAUAUGUUCAUCCGGUAAAGAUAAAUAUCGUCAUGAUAGUGAACGUGCUAAUCUACCCGUACGACCAGUUAAUUCUGAAUUGGAAUUUAUUCCUGAAAAUAGCGAUAAUAAUCAUCAUCAUUAUCAUCAUCAACAUCAUUAUCAAAAGUUGAAUUCAAAUCAUUCAACACAAUCCAGGCAAUCAUCUUUAUAUCGUAUGAAUAAUUUGGCAGCCACCACUUCAUCCAGUCAAUUAUCAUUAUGUUCAACAACAAAUCAUCAUCAAUUAACAAGACAAAAUUCAGCAACAAGUCAAAUGGUCAAAAGAAAUACUGUUGUAAAUUGUUUAGAUAUGGAACAAUCAUUAAUGAUUGGUGGAAAAUAUCAAAAUCCAUGGCCAAAUUAUAGAUUACCAACAUUUACAAAUAUUUUGAAACUUGGUUUAUCACGUGACAAAAGUAAUGUUGCAUCGAAAAAAGAAUUAAAUCAACAUUUACCGAUAUUAGAGCCAAACAUUUCGACCAAGCCACCGGAAAAUUCAUUUCGAAUAACAUGGUUAGGUCAUGCUUCGGUUUUGGCCGAAUUCGAUAACAUUACAGUAUUGACUGAUCCAAUGUUUAGUGAAAGAGCAUCACCAAGUCAAGUGAUUGGUCCAAAACGUUUUCGUGAUCCACCUUGUACGGUUCAUGAUCUUCCAUCAAAUUUGGAUGCUGUUAUCAUAUCACAUUCACAUUAUGAUCAUCUUGAUUUAAAUACUGUUGUAUUAUUGAAUGCAAGAUAUGGUUCUGAUCUUCGUUGGUUCAUUCCUAUUGGUUUAGGUGAUUGGUUUGGUCGUGUUGGUUGUGAAAAUGUUGUCGAAUUAGAUUGGUGGGAAGAGAAUUGUGUACCGGAUAAAAGUGAUGUUUCAUUCGUAUUUACACCUGCACAACAUUGGAGUAAACGUACAUUAACCGAUGAUAAUAAAUCAUUAUGGGGUAGUUGGGUAGUAAAAGGUCCUCGUUUUAGAUUUUUUUUCACUGGUGAUACCGGUUUUUGUGAUGUAUUCAAACAAAUUGGUUCAAUAUAUGGCCCAUUUGAUGUAUCGGCCAUUCCAAUCGGUUCAUAUGAACCACGUAGAUAUAUGAAAUAUCAACAUAUUGAUCCAGCCGAAGCUAUUCAAUUGCAUAAAGAUUUACGAAGUAAAUUUUCUGUUGCUAUUCAUUGGGGUACAUUUGCUUUUUCCGAUGAACCAUUUUUAGAACCACGUAAUCGAUUACGAAUCGAAGCCGAAAAGGCUAGAAUAAAUUUGAAAAAAUUUGCCACAUUUAUGCAUGGUGAAACACGUAUCAUCACUGCUAACGGAAAAGUAGAAUCAACUCAUCAAAAUAAAAUUGUUUCAUAAAUCAUUAUCAUCAUGAUAAUUAUCUUUUUUUUUUGUUGAUCUUCUGUGAU